AUGGAACCGACAGGGGAUCUGAAGGUCAUCAAAUAUCUUCUUUGUGGCGAUACUAUUAUAUUGGGCCCAAGCAUCAGACUCUUCAGUCUGAAGCGUUUUCGACGAGAUACGAAGGGACCUAUCGCCCAGCCAAACGCCGAUGUUGCCUUGGACUUGAUAUCUUCAAAAAAUGAAAAGUUUACAGGAGAAGCGAUCCUUUCUUCGGACGCGCCGGCUUCGUUAGUCGAAUCUACACCCACCUCUGACCGCAAGUAUCGUUUGGUCGUGGCGUUUACAUUGGCCGCAUCAUGGGCACCCGAUGCAGUUGGAACGGGUCCGACGCCAUCUGGUGUCAUUUUAAAGGCGCUGGCGAAUAUAAUGGUACUUGCGAGUAACGCGACCACGACAAGCGCCUUUGCGUAG